AUGUCCGUACCACGCAUACAAUUUAAAACUCUGAAAGGCUUUCCGCCAGCCGUUGAGAAAAAAGUUGAGACGGAAGCUUUUCUCGAAGCAGCCAAGGAAAUCGUUACCGUUAUUGAGUCAUUUGGCAAACUCUUUACACCUGUAAUAAAUGAUAUGAAUGGCAAUAUUACGAAACUGACAAAGGUGUAUAGCAAGGACAAAACAAAGUAUGUCUACCUGGAAGAUGUGGUAAUAUUGAAUGUGAACGUGGAUACUUAUGCUGCGGAUGCACUGUUGUGGCUGAAACGUGGUCUACAAUUGAUUUGCACCUUUUUCGAAAACAUUUUCUAUGAUGCACAGGCAACAGAGGUUUUGAAGCUGCAUCUGCAGAAUGCGUACGAGCGUACACUGAAGCCAUAUCAUGGCUUCUUGGUACAGAGCACAAUAAAAAUAAUCUACAACUGGGUACCAACACGUUCACAGCUCAUUGGACAGGGUGAGGCGCACGAUGAGAAUCUGCAAGUGUUGGAGAAAUAUUUGCCAGUGAUGCGUAGUCAUUUGAAUCGCGUAGACGCGCUGCUAAAGAAAUACAAUUUAGAUGAUGCGAAGGUGUGAGGGAUCGGGAAUGUAUUGGGAACACGCAGAUGUGUGUCUUGUUUUUGUUGGUUUUUACAAAAUUGAUUUUAGAUAAUUUUUAUUUAGAGGCUUCAUUGAUGAGAAUUAUUGCAAUUAUGAAUGAGUUAGGCCAGUUUUAUAGAGCUAACUUACAUUUGUGUAGUAUUUAUGCCUAAGCAUUUUACGUUUUUAUUGAAUGUAUUUAAUUUUAUACUUACCGAUUUAAAAUCUGUGCAAUCCUAGUUGCCCUUAGUUGUCAACUAUGUAUUUAUUUAUUUUUAGUUCUUUAAUAGGAAAAAAAUAAACAUUUAUGUAUUUACA